AUGCGUUUCUCGUCGAGCCUUUUUGCUGCUGCAGCUUUGCUGUCAAGCGCCGAAGCGGCAUACAAGGGCUUCAACUACGGAGCCUUCUUCGGAAACAACCAGGCCAAGGGCUACAAUGACUUCAAGUACGAGUUCGAGGCCGCCAAGGCCCUUCCCAACACCAACAGCCAGUUCACCAGCGCUCGGUUGUACACCAUGAUCCAGCACGGUACCACUAAGGAUGUUAUCACGGCGAUCAAGGCUGCUAUCGACACCAACACUUACCUCCUUCUUGGCCUCUGGACCUCGGCUGGUCAGGCUGUCGUCGACAACGAGGUCGCCGCACUCAAAGCUGCCAUCAGCACAUAUGGUACUAAGUUUACCAACCUAGUCGUGGGCAUCUCCGUCGGCAGCGAGGACUUGUACCGUAUUACGCCUACAGCCAUCGCGAACGGCGAGACGAAUCCCGGUGUCCAACCUGCACAGUUGGUCAAGUACAUCAACCAGGUCCGCACCGCGAUUAAGGGUACCGGUUUGGCUAGCAAGCCUAUUGGACACGUUGACACAUGGACUGCUUACGUUAAUGGCAGUAAUAGCGCAGUUGUCAGUGCUCUUGACUUCCUCGGAGUUGAUGCCUAUCCCUACUGGGAGACCCAGCACGCGAACAGCAUCGGCAACGCUAACGCAACCUUCUACGAUGCUUACAAGCAAACUGUUGCCGCUGGCAAGGGCAAGCCCGUGUGGGUCACCGAGACUGGUUGGCCGGUGUCUGGACCUAAGCAGAACCAGGCUGUUGCUAGCGCCGCCAAUGCCCGCAUCUACUGGGAGGACGUCAGCUGCUCUUUGAUGAAGAGCAACGUCAACCUCUUCUACUACACCCUCCAGGACAUCCAGUACUCCACUCCCAACCCCAGCUUCGGUAUCAAGCCGGGAGGCGACCUCAAGGCGGUCAGCCCUCUGUUUGACCUGUCUUGCCCCAAAGUAAGCUAUACUGUCCCCCUCCUUCUUUCGUCUGUACUAUCUCCCCUAUUCUUGCUUCUCAUGUACAAUGUGUUCAUCACAUCUUGGGUCGUCCGCGCAUCGUUCCCUGCAGCUUCAUUCAAGGAGCGUCCAUUGGCACUGUCAUCACAAACUCUACAGCCUGCUGCACCCUACAAUUGGAUUGCACGGGCUAACGUAACUCCCCGACCCAUGAGCAGUGUUUUCGUUUGGCCGGCGCCUAGACCUUCAGCCGCAGACAGUGUAGCUGUCAACGGUCCAGCAUCUACAGCCGGAUCCACGUUUCCCGGAUUUCCACAGCUAGAUCAACCAAGAGGCCUUACGCCUCCAUUCGUAGCACCUAAUCUAAUCGUGCCCAUCGACUCUUCUGAUCCAAAUAAAGUCAUUGGAAACUCGUACACUGCUCAAAUAUCUUCCACUCGCUCGACUCUUUUCCUUUUUGAUGUGCCACUUUCGUCUGCCAAAACAUGCAACCUCGUCUUCGCUCUCCCACCUACCUUCGAUCCUACUUAUAUUGCGCCUAUGCAGAUCAACUCACCUGGUGGCAUAUCGAUCUCUCGUCUCGACAAGCCAGCAACCACCGGAACGAGUGCGAGUUCGGCUACCGGUGGGACGGUUGUGGGUGCUGUGCCGGCACUCCAACCAGGCAACAAGUACACGAUUGCGAGUGCGCCAUGCGAGGCGGGACAGCAAGUUAGUUACAAGGCUGACUCACUGAACGGGUUGGAUAUGAGCUUCUUUCAGUUGACGUCGCCGGCCCUGGGUCUGUUCAUGGAGACGGCUUGA